CAGCCAAUAGGAAAACAGCACCUAAAGACGAUAGUGUGAAGGGGAGAGAGGGCAGAGUCAGGGAGUGGAGAGAGAGAGGGAGAGGCUGCGUUACUCUGUGUCCGUGUGAGAGAGAGAAAGAGAGAGAGAGAGAGGAGAGAAAGAGAGAAGAGAGGGCGAGACGGAAAGGAAGCAACCCGCAUCUCUUGAGUUUUUGGAAAUUUUGGAGGAAUUUUUCGUUUUUUGGGGUUUGUUUUUUAUUUUUUGUUUUCUGUUCGUUGCGUCCGUUUCUCCGUCCGUUCCUGGUCCGUCUGUCCGUCUGUCUGUCUGCUUCUACCGCCGCCACCACCACCGCCGCCGCCGCCGCCAUGUUGACUGUCCAGGAGAAGCAGCGGCCGGCGGGUCGCGGGUUCAGCGUGCGGGACUUGCUGCAGCUCCACGAGGCGGCGCCCCCAGCCACGCCGCGUGCCGCGGACGAGCAGCAGCAGCAGCAGGCACAGGCGGGAGGGCAGCAGCAGGGCGGGCAGGGGCCCGGCUCGGCGCUACCCGGCACGGUGCAGGCGGCGGCGGACUCCACGGAGCAGGCCGCGGCCCUCACGCCGGCGGAGGAGGAGAUGGAGGCGCUGGAGGUGGAGGAGGACGCGGAGGCGGGCGGCCGCAAGCGUAAGCGCCGCAUUCUGUUCAGCAAGACGCAGACCUACGAGCUGGAGCGGCGCUUCCGGCAGCAGCGGUACCUGUCGGCGCCCGAGCGCGAGCACCUGGCGGCGCUGCUGGACCUGACGCCCACGCAGAUCAAGAUCUGGUUCCAGAACCACCGCUACAAGACCAAGAAGCUCAUCCGCGAGCGGGGCCUGGAGGCGCCGCCCCUGCCGCCCCUCGGCGCCUUCUCCCACACCCUGCGCUGCCUCGCCCCCGGCUCCGCCGCCGCUGCCGCCGCCGCCGCCGCCGCCGCCGCCGCCGCCGGCCCCGCCGCGCGCCUGCACGAGUACCUGCCCGGCCCCGCCCCGCACCUGCUGCACCUGGGGCUGCACCAGGCACAGUUCCCCGGCCUACUGCCCUUCCUGCCCGUGUGCCCCUUCCCGCCGCCCACCCUGCCCUCCUCACCCUCCCUCCUGGCGCAGGCCGCCGCAGCCGCUGCCGCCGCCGCGCCCCUCAGAAACUCCCUCGCCUCAAGUCUCAACCCGCCCACCACGGUCGCCGCCGCCCUCCUGCCGCCACACACGCCGCCCACCAGCGGCGCAGCGUCGCCCCCCGCCCCGCCCGCAGUCCCCGCCUCCGUCGCGCCGCCCGUCACCUCCCGCAGCCUGGUGCUGCCGCGGCCGGGCUCGCUGCGGCCCGAGGGCGUGUGCUGGUGAGCCUGGCUGUGACGUGUCGUGCACCACGCUGACGUGACGUGACGUGACGCUGCAGUGACAGUGACGGGACGCAAGGCUGACGCGGCGCUCACGCGGCCAUGACCUGCCAUGACCCCGAUGACGCGCCGCGCCGGGCACCGCGGGGCAGGACGCCGCCGCGCCCAUGAAAGGCAAUACACAACACACCGCAACACUACACAACACAACACAACACAGUGACCGGCCUGCAGCAGGACGAGACGGAAACAGGGGACGCGAUGCUGCAGGAGGGACGGAAGGAGGCGCCGCCAGACGAAGCGUAGCGGAUGACAAAGAGAACACUCGAGGAGGAGGAGAGUGUCAUAAGGAGGAGAAGAACAACACGCAGAUGUAGGAAAAAGAAAAUCGGAGAGUUACUAUAGACUAGACGGACUGAGUGAACCGCCUCGCCGCCGCCGCACGGACACAGUUCAAACGUCUAUACUCUUAGUAAUAACAAUAAUAACAGUAAUGACGAUGAUGAUGAUGAUGAUGGUAAUAAUAAUAAUGUUACUGACAGUUUCUUA